UUGUGCACCGCGUCUAGUCCUUCAUCUACCUGCCUCAUAAAACCAUGCCCACUCCCUCACAGGGAAGAACGAAUCGUCCAGCAACCUAGAGCCGCUGACGUAACUAUGCCAGGUUCCGAAUAACGUCGAGAAGAGAGAAAAAUUCCCGCGAGCAGACGCGCGCGCAAACAGGAGAGCAUUUCACGCGCGGCAGAUGCUUCCCAGUCCUCGCUGAGAUGAUGUCUCUGUGGACGCUGAUCUGCAUCCUUGCCAUUGUGAAAAACAGUCAUGGGGCAGAUACAGAAGAGAGACUGGUGGAGCACCUUCUUAAUCCAGCUCACUACAACAAACUGAUCCGGCCAGCCACCAAUGGGUCAGAACUAGUGACAGUGCAACUGAUGGUUUCACUGGCCCAGCUCAUCAGUGUACAUGAGCGAGAACAGAUCAUGACUACUAACGUCUGGCUUACGCAGGAGUGGCAGGACUACCGGCUAAUAUGGACACCGGAUGAGUUUGAUGGCAUGAAGAAGGUCCGCCUUCCCUCCAAACAUAUUUGGUUACCUGAUGUUGUCCUUUACAACAAUGCUGAUGGCAUGUAUGAAGUCUCCUUCUAUUCCAAUGCUGUUGUCUCCUAUGAUGGCAGUGUCUUCUGGUUGCCACCAGCGAUCUAUAAGAGUGCCUGUAAAAUCGAGGUAAAGCAUUUCCCAUUCGACCAGCAGAACUGCACGCUAAGCUUCCGCUCAUGGACAUACGACCGUACAGAAGUAGACCUGGUUCUGCGCGCAGAUGUAGCCAGCAUGGAUGACUUCACACCCAGCGGAGAGUGGGAUAUCAUCGCUCUGCCUGGCCGUCGGAAUGAGAAUCCCUCCGACCCAACCUAUGUAGACAUCACCUACGACUUCAUCAUCCGUCGCAAACCUCUCUUCUACACCAUCAAUCUCAUCAUUCCUUGCGUCCUCAUCACCUCGCUGGCCAUCCUGGUGUUCUACCUGCCUUCGGACUGUGGGGAAAAGAUGACUCUGUGUAUCUCGGUCCUCCUUGCCCUUACUGUGUUCCUGCUGCUGAUAUCCAAGAUUGUGCCACCCACAUCUCUGGAUGUUCCUCUGGUUGGGAAGUAUCUGAUGUUCACCAUGGUACUGGUGACGUUCUCCAUUGUGACGAGUGUUUGCGUGCUGAACGUGCAUCAUCGGUCACCCACCACACAUACCAUGCCACCAUGGGUAAAGCUUGUGUUCCUCAACAAGCUCCCUGCUUUGCUCUUCAUGCAGCAGCCACGCAACAGCAGUGAAAGGCAGCGUUUGCGCCAACGACGUCGUGCCAAUGAACAGCAGGAAGGUGGGCGAGGGGGUCUGGCUGCCGGGCUUAUGGCAGGGCUGAGCCUGAGUGGCUCCACGUCUGGGAGUAAAGAGAACAAUGAUGCAUGCACUUGCUAUGUGAACCGAGCCUCAGUGAAACAGUUUGGGGCAGAGCUGGGUGGAAGUGGAGGGGAAGGAGGGGGGUCAACAGAUGGACUAAACGGGUUAAGGGAAGGGGGAAGAGAUGCCAGAGAAGGAGGUUCGAAUACAUUACAGAGUUCUGCUCUGCCUCGUGGGAAGCAGCAGCCCCCUACUGUCCUCACUCAAGCUUUGAUGUCCCAGGCCUGCCCAGGGUUUGAGGAGGCUGUAGACGGAGUCCGCUUCAUUGCAAACCACAUGAAGAGUGAGGACGAUGACCGUAGUGUGAGUGAGGACUGGAAGUAUGUUGCUAUGGUGAUCGAUCGCCUGUUCCUUUGGAUCUUUGUUUUUGUGUGUGUUUUUGGCACAAUUGGAAUGUUCAUUCAACCGCUGUUCCAAAACUACACAGCCAAAACCAUCACCAACACACCCGGCUGACUAAUCAUCAAGCCCUGCCACACCAAUGGACACUACUCACCAUCAGCUGCGACAAGAGGGCAAAGGGAGAUCAAGGGGUCUGCCCAAGGGGAGGGGAAUUGUAUCUUGCCAACAUGUUUCUCUGGACUAACUCUAGGUUUAUAUGGACCUUUUUGGAUUAUCACAACAAAAACAUGGAAGUGGGUUCAGGAUUCUCGUUCAGGGGUCUCGUCCAAUCCACCUUUCCUUCCUGUUAGGUGGAAAACCUCACAAGCCAAUCGGAGAAAAAGGUUACACCUGAUUACACUGCUCUGCAGCCACUCAACUCACUUCUCUGCAAAUAGAAAGCCAUCCAAUGCCCAUUAGCUCCACAAUGAGCCUUCUGCUGUUUGUUUUCAUCUAGCCAGAAAUGGACAAAUUAAAAUGCCUGUUCUUUGUCAUUUCCAGGGGAUAUUCACAGCUAAAUUCUUAUUUCGAAUUUUGUCUUAUUUAUUUCUUAUGGUCUAAAAGCCUGUCAUAAUCUUUGUAUCACAAAUACAGCAGCAUUAUUCAAAUUUUUGUGUGAACACAUGAUUGUCUGGGGUGGCAUUAAGGAUGAUAUGAUAUGUGAUAAACAGAGUGAGUUUGACGAAGUGUAUAAAGACUCAAUUUGCCAAGUGAUGAAGGGGUUUGCCGGGAACAGCAACAAUGUCCUGGGCCCUGUGAUGAUGAGAGGCCCACUAAGGUCCUCUGUGGUAUAGACAACUCAUUGAGCCUUUUAAAAUAAAUUCUUUACCCCCAUUGGGCCUCUGCUCUCCUACUUUGAGUCAUUUUAGCACCAUGGAGACAUUACGGGGUCUAGGAAAGUCUAGCUACUGACAAUAUUCCUCCUGACAAACACAACAGAGACUCUUAAAUGCCAAACUGUCAUGAACAUGUUAUGAACAUGAAAUGUCAAGAUGAAAUGUAUGCAAUUCUGCAGUUUUUUAACUCUGUUAAAGCUUUGAGAAGCUGACUGAAUGUGAGCAGUGCUGAAUGGGUGUUAAGCCUCGUAUAAAAUUAAUAUUGCUUCCUUCAUUCCAUACUCUUCUCUCUCUCUCUCCUCUUUCUUGUCUCAUUUCCUUGUCUACCUCUCAUCUCUCCUUUCUUUAAUCUGUGCGCUUGUAUAUUGCAACAUGCCUAUGUGCUUUGUGCAGUUAUGUGUGUUGCCACACGUAAUAGUGAGUGCACAUAUUUGGACUAUAUUUAUGAUUGUAGUCCGUCUCAGCUGCUGUGCAGGAGGACAGUGCUCUUCCACACUAAACCAUAUUUGUAUCAAACUCUCUCCUUAACUUUGUCUUCACUCUAUUCACCAAUUCCUUUAUUCUGAAAUCACACCUGGGUCAUCCACACCACAGUACUGCCUCCUUAGAAAUACAGAAUAGCUUCUUUUGAUAAUGUAAAGGCAUUGCUUUGGUCAUUGACUUUGGAUAGUUUUUUAUUUUCAAGUCAUUUUUAAUGGAAAUAUACAUGUAUUUUGCACUGCCGAUAACUCAUGAACACUGUACUGUUGGGACACUUUUGACCAUGAUAUCUGAGUGCAAAAUACUGUCUUAAUUACUAAUCACCCUCCAUCCAGUUUAACUUGGAAACAAAUGUGCUGAAAUAGCACUGCUUUGUGAGUGAUAAGUGUUAAAUUCAGUAUAUGUAAAAUCAAGUAAUUGUCCAUUUUUGUACGCAAAAGAAUGACAGUGUUAUGCCAAACCUGCAUGACUUUCUUGGAACAAAAGAGGCAGUAUUACUGUCUUAUAAGUCACUAUUCAUUUUUAUUGUAUCAUUUUUCCAUUAAAAGGAUUUCUAUCUCCUCUUGUGUUCCAAUGAAGAAAUUCAUAUGGGUUUGGAACAACAUGAGGGUAAGUAAGUGAUGACAGAACUAUCCCUUUAAGUAAGCAAUUUCCAAAAUUAAUCUUUCAGAGAACCGGUUGUACUAACAUAUGCAUCCAAUGAUUAAAAUAAUUUUCUGGACAAUUCAUCCUGAGUGCUAUAAAUGAACUUGUUCGUACAUGAGUAAUGCUUUGUGGGCAACAUGAUGAGUCAGGCUCAGGACAUAUCAAUCUUCUCAUACCUCCUGUCAAAUUCCCCUCACCAGCACUGAUCUGCAAAAAGGCCUAUUAUAAACCGCAAAGCUGCAUAGCACUGCUGCUCUAUUGCAUUACCAUAUCCUGACUGUGCUUUCAAAGAUAAAACAGUAUUCGGGUGAGUCAUGCUACACUGAAAAAAAAAUAAUAAUAAAAAAUACAUACAUAAAUAAAAAAAAAACAUGUUCUUAACCAGUAUUAUUGUCUUGAUUUUUAAGUAAAAAUAUCUAAGCUUCCUUAUAACAAGAUACAUUUACUUGAGAAGCUAAAUCAUGGGACCCAAUUUAUAUUAGGUGGCCUUAACUACUAUGUACUCAACCAUAUAAUAUAAUAUGCUUAAUAUGUACAUAUAUUAGUGUUGCAUUGUAAUUCAAUUUAAAGUACUUGCAUUUAAUUACAUUUGUAGUUACACAGUUAAAUUGACUCAGAACAUAACCCAUACUCCAAAACCUUACUCUAACCCCUAAACCUACACUUACUCCUAAACCUACCUGUACCUCAACCUCAGUAGCAGCAAAUGUAGGAAUUUUGCAGAAUAACA